CUCCAAACGCCAGUCGCUGGUGUCGCAAGACCGCUCACAAAGCUCAGCCGACAAUCCUUUCAACCGCGCCAGCAGACUGCCCUGUCGACUGCAGAGCAGCGCUCUUUCAUACAGCCACUGUCCGUUCCACGAUCGGUGUCUUACCCUGAAGUCGACUGGGAGACCGACAAUACCCUCCGCUCACGGCGGCGUGGGCUUUCACACCUACUGCGCCUUACGCACCUGCGACCCUACUCACAUUUAUCACACCUUCUCUUUUUCGAUCAUAUCCGCGAACGUGUACCUAUACGGACCCAACUACACCGCACGCCACGGCUCGACCGUAACCCCACGCUCAUGCGAUCAUGGACCUGAACGAGCAGUCUCGGGAGCAAGGUCAAGACCAAAGGGAAGAAGAUGAUGACCUUGCGAGGCUCUUUGCCGACGCCGGGGCUGACGUAGCGGCGGCCAACUCAUUCUUAGAAGAAAUUGGAGGGCGUGAACUGGAGAUAGGAGAGAAGGCGGAUGAUGCGGUGGACUAUGAAGACAUAUCAGACGAUGACCUUCCAGAUGAGGAGCCUGUGGAAGGUGAAGGGGAGGCGGACGGACUUCCGCAGCUCAGCGGCAGCACUGUGAAGGACACUGCGGAGGAAAGCUUCGACCAAGAUGAUGAUCUGGACGAGUUGUUCGGUGGCGGUUCCAGCCCUGUCCAUGAGCGGUCACACCUAGACGACCUCUUUGAUGAUGAAGACCACGCUCCUAGCGAAGGUGCCAAGGUCGCGCAACCCGCUGCCCGUACCGUGGAGCCAAGCGUGGAAGAAGAGUUCACCGAUCCCAAGGCACUGAGAGAUUAUCUAGAGCAGAAGGCACUCUUCGACAUGGCCGCGAGGCGCGGGCCAGACGUACCUCCUCCGCCGCAGACUGAUCGUGAGACCGUCGAACGCCUCUGGCCCAAUUUCGACCCUGAUAAGCCUCCCCGAUUCCAUAGCUUGCUGCCUAAGAAACACGCUUUCUAUGUUGGUCGGGCUCCUCUAAAGCCACCCAAACCCCUGCAGCUGAAUAAGGUCAGUCUGGAUCUUGCCCCGGACCAAGAGAAGGCGUUCCGGCUGCCGACCACCACUGUAAACCCGAAGACAGGCCGGCAGCUUGAUGUCGUCGAGGGAAGUCUUAUCCAUAUCCUUCAGGAGAACAAGGAACAGAUUGAGGAUCAGGAAGAUGAGGAUAUGAUGGAUAUUGACCCCUUGGACGACGCAGAACGCAUCGGGAAUGUGACGGUGAGCGACCUGAAGAUAGCUUGCGAAGACUGGGAGCAUUUCGGUCUGGAGAGUUCCUCUGACGAGGAGGGUCCUGAAACUCCGCCGCACGCUGGUAUGGAUGGGGAUGACUGGCUUCGCAAUCUGGCUCUUGUUAAGCCCAAGAAGCGCAAGUUCAACGAUAUGUCGACGUCGCUGCAGUUCACGGUCUAUGACAAUGUCGGGUUCCUGAAUUGGGACGAUCCCGAGGCUGCAACGGAGCACGUCGCCAAGAAAGUCAUACUGGACAUGAAUGACCCGCAUCUCCUGCUGGAUGUUCAACAGCCCAAUGCAGAGGAGGUCAAGAAACCUCGCCCGACCUCCCUCGCGCUCAAGCGAGAUAAUCGCGGUAGUCUCGCCAAUCCCAUGUUCAAGCGUUACAAUAUCUCCAACGACGAAGCGUACGAUGCGCUCAAAGAGAACAACCAGCAGAAGGUCCGGAGCACUUUGGGUCACAUGAACAUCGAGCACAGUCUGCCGGCACUCAAGCUGCAAUAUCCGUUCUACAAGGUCAACCUCAGCGAUCGUGAGCUUCGAUCGUUCCAUCGCCCCACCAUUCACUUCCGGGCGGGCGAACGCGUUCAAAUCGAGGCAAUAAAGCAGCAUAUCAAGAGAAAGCACAAGAAGAACCUCAAACCGUCGGAGGCGUUCGCCAUUGCCGAGGAUCUCAAUAUCGGCGAUACGUCCGACCUUCUCCUCGCAGAGUAUUCUGAAGAGUACCCGACCACGCUAUCAAAUCAUGGAAUGGGCAACAAGAUCAUCAACUACUAUCGCCGGAAGGAUGCUGAGGACACCUCUCGUCCCAAGCAGGAGCUUGGUGAGACAAUGGUGCUUCUGCCUCAGGACAAGAGUCCGUUCUCCAUCUUCGGCACUGUCGAGCCUGGGCAAACUGUACCAACAUUGCUCAACGCUAUGUAUCGUGCACCUGUCUUCCAGCACACCCCCAAGCCCACCGACUUUCUGGUCAGCAGGAGUCACACAGGCGUGCACGGCUCUAAAUACUAUAUGCGAAACAUUCAGAACUUGGUCGUGGUAGGCCAGCAGUUCCCUUCGGUUGAGGUACCGGGCACGCAUGCUCGAAAGGUGACCGAGGCUUCGAAGAAGCGACUGAAAAUGCUUGCCUUCCGCCUUUACCGGAAGGGUCAGCAGCGCAACGCUCGUCAACCGUGGGUUAGCAACGAGAUGAUCAAGCAUCACCUGCCUGGGACAGAGAUUGCGCAGAAUCGCUCGCGUAUGAGGGAGAUUAUGAAGUACGAGAAAGAGACAGGAACUUGGAGGCCUCAAGACGGCGAAACCAUUCCGGACGAGCCAUCCCUUCGGACUUGGAUCAAGCCUGAGGACAUCUGCCUCAUCGACUCCAUGCAUGCAGGGGACAGGCACCUCAAUGAUGCUGGAAUCAAGACCAAGGAUCUCAAGGACGAUGAGGAAGGCGAGGAAGGCGAGAGUCUCGAGCUCAAACUUGCACCGUGGAACACGACCAAGAACUUCUUGAACGCUUGCCAAGGGAAAGCAAUGCUAGAACUCCACGGUGCUGGCGACCCGACUGCUCGUGGGGAGGCAUUCAGUUUCAUCAAGGUCUCCAUGAAAGGCGGCUUCAAGGAUGUCGGCGAGAGCGUAGGUGAUAAGCUCGAUGCGAAGAAGGUCAAGGAGCUGGGCGGCCACAGCUACAAUGUAGCUCAGCAGCAAAAGCGCUACGAAGAGGCCAUCCAGCGUAUCUGGAAAAAGCAGGCGCAGAGUCUCUCAUCGACCGUGGAACACUCGGACGUGGAAAUGGACAACGUCGACACUCGUCAGGCUGGUCAACGCGGGAGGACUCCGAGGUCUGAGUUCGGCACUCCUGCGUUUGUGCGCGAUGAUGAGACUAUGAGUCAAUUCAGCCGCACCAGCGGUAACGACAUUCGCAACAAGAAGCUCCGGAUCAAGCGCUUGGUUCCGAAUGAGUUUGGCGAAAUGCGUGAGGAAACUGUGACGAUUACUGAUCCUGAGGUCAUCAAGGCCUACACGCGUAGGAAGAAGGAGCAGCAGCUUCAGAGCAUGCGGAUCGAGGAUAUGCAGUUGACAGGCAAUGCCGAGUUCGAUGCUGAGCAGAGGAAAGCCUUGAGAGCUGAGCUGGCGCGCCUGCAGCGCAACGUGGAACGUCGUGAAGGUCGCGAGAAGGCCAAAGGCAUCCACAGCCAGUCAUCCAUUCCAGGUACGCCUGGUGCCGGAGCUGGUCGGACGGGCACUGGUGCGACGCCUCGCAAGUGCGCCAACUGCGGCGAGGUCGGCCAUAUCAAGACUAACAAGAAACUCUGUCCUCUUCUUAAUGGGCAAAAGAAGCAGAGCGAUACCUUCAAGGAUGCUUCUGCUGCAACUGCAGCGUCCCCCGUGGCGGUCCCCGCGACGCCCAUGUCGGCGGCUUCGCCUUAAACACCAUCUAUCUUUUCGCUUUUGCCCUUCGUACACAGGAUGGCUCGGUGUCUGCACGGCGCCGUGAUUCCUUUUUCAAUACGUAAUCAACAAACAUCAUGUUCUUUGGUAUGCAUAGCGCCGGAGUUGGAGGAUUACUCGGUUUGGUUUCGGGUCACUGCGCAAUAUGCGCCUUUCCAAGGUUGGGACGGACGGAUUUGCAUUGGCUUGGAAGGCGCUCAGCAUUGCGAUGGGUAUGGGCUGACCGCCUCAAUUGGGCACUACUCAAGGGUAUCUAUCAGUCGUGUUUUUGAUAAUAGCGAAUGGCGGGCGGACUCGAGUAUACUGCUCUUGUCCUGAUACGUAUGCUGUGUAUACCCGCAUGAAGUUGAUUAUUCUGUUGUUGCCAUUCCUUGUAUCUGCACACCCACAGGGAG